GUUGUUCCUAUCUGAAAAUUUCAGGAGUAUUUCACUGCUUGUAGUUCGCUCACGCACUGGCUUCUCACAGAAAGGCAUGUUAUGUUGCUCAUUUCAUCCAAGAAAAGGAUCCCAUCAUAAAUUAAACAUGGUACCUUACAAAACCACGUCAGAUAUCUAUGCCCUGAGACCUUGGGUAGCAUAUGGCUCUGUAAAUUCAAAUGGAAGAAAUUGGGAGAUAGGAGCUUCAUCAGAUACUUUGUUUUCAAAUGAUUCUCGAGGGUCUGCCGGGUUGCUUGCUGUAACAGAGAGCCCUCAAGGCAAUUCCAGUGAUUUUGAGAAGCAGUUGGAAGAGCUGUUUUAUGAAGUCAAAAGUAUGAUUAAGAUGGGAAAGGAACAGGAUGCAGCAUGCUUACUCCAAGCAAACCAUGUAGCCUUAAAAGAACAGAUGGAUGAGGGUGCCAGAGGAAUUGAAGAGGCUGCCAUUCUUGUUGUCAUUGCCUUAGGCUACAUGGCUAUCGGAGAUAUCAAGAUGGUCAGAUCGCAAAUGAAUAUGUUGAGUGGGAUUGUUGAUGAUUUAGAGGAUGAUGAACCUCUUUUAGAUUCAAUAUUAACACACAUGGGAAGCAUGUGUUCUGCUAUGGGGAAGUCUGAAAAUGCGAUGCUUGCAUACAGAAGAGCUAUUGGAAUUCUAGAGAAAAACUAUGGUAAACGUUGCACUCCCCUUAUUAACCCCUUGCUAGGGAUGGCAAAAGUACUUGGAUCAAUGGGAAGAGCAAAUAAAGCAAGCGAAGUAUAUGACCAAGUAAUCAACAUAAUGGAGGUGAACAGAGGUGCACAAAGCGAGGAUUUGGUUGUACCUUUACUUGGCAUUGGUAAUCUCUUAAUAAAAGAAGGAAAAGUUGAAGAUGCUGAAAAUGCAUUUUCUAGGAUUGUGUCUAUUUAUCAGAAGAUCUAUGGGAAUAAAGACAGAAGAUUUGGAAUGGCCUUGUGUUCUCUGGCUCAUGCAAAAUGUGCAAAAGGGGAUGCUGAUCAAGCUAUUAAUCUAUAUAAAGAUGCUCUGAGGAUUCUCAAGGACUCAAAACAUAUUUCUUUGGAUGAUUCCAUGAUGGAUAAGAUAAGGAUAGAUCUUGUAGAAUUACUACAUAUCACAGGAAGAGGACAAGAAGGGCACGAGAUACUGGAGGAAUGCUUGUUAAUUGCAGAAGAAUGCUAUGGAAAAGAUCACCCAAACUAUGUUUUGCAUCUUAUAAACAUUGCUGCGUCGUAUUCAAACUCUAAGAAUUAUGUGGAAGCGGAGCGUUUACUUAGGAUAGGUGUAGCCAUCCUCACAAAAUCUGUGGGUCCCGACGAUCAAUCCGUCACGUUUCCUAAGCUACACCUUGCAGUUGCACUUUACAACCUACACAAGUAUGAUGAAGCAGAAAAGCUUGCACUCGAAGUGUUGCAUGUGCGAGAGAAGGCGUUUGGGAGAGAAUCUAUUCCAGUUGGGGAGGCUAUUGAAUGCUUAGUGAGUAUUCAGGCAAGAAUGGAUAAGACAUGCGAUAAUGAUGAAAUGGUGGAGUUACUGAAGAGGUUGUUAGUUAUCCAAGAGAAUGAAUUCGGUUACGAGAGCGAAGAUGCUCUUGAAACGCUGAAGAAAUUACUUUUUUACCUUGAUAAGUUGGGAAGGAAGGAAGAGAAGCUUCCUAUUCAGAAAAGAUUAACUUUGCUGAGGAAGAAAUUUUCCGAAAUGGUACAUUAUUAACGACGUUUUUAAGACAUUAUUGUUGUUUACUAUUUUUUUUACUGCCCCAGUUUUCGAGUCAUAUUUAUAUGAAAAUGUAUUUAAUUUAGCUAUGUUGUUAGUACUAAUAAGUAAUUUUGUUAGUCUGGUUGAUUUGAAUGA